UCACUCCCAUAACACCCGUGUCGUACUUGGACUCUUUCUCCCUCACUCCCUUCUCUUUCAUCCUCUUCCCCUGAUUCUCUCUUCGUUUCAUUUUCUGAAAACAGAGGAAUAUAGUUGCAUAUUUAUAUAAUAUUCUAUAUCAAUGGAGAAAAGGUAUCUUGAUUUUGUGUUGGUUCCAUUAGGGAUUUUUAUAAUGGUGGCAUAUCAUGUUUAUCUUUUUUAUCGAAUCAUAAAUCAUUCGACCAAAACUGUUAUAGGAAUCAAUGCCAUGAAUUGCCGCUACUGGGUUCUUUCAAUGAUGGAGGAUGUGGCGAAGAAUGGAGUUUUGGCGGUGCAAACGCUGAGAAACAAUAUAAUGGCGUCCACGGUGCUUGCGUCGACGGCGAUCAUGCUCAGCUCUUUGAUCGCCGUUCUGAUGUCGAGCGGCAACGGCAACGGAAACGGCAACAGGUUGGGGUUGGGUUGGUUUGACUACGGGGACAGAAGCGAGCGUGCCUUCUCCAUCAAAUUCUUCUCCAUUCUGGUAUGCUUCCUGGUGGCGUUCCUGCUCAACGUGCAGUCGAUACGGUACUACAACCACGCCAGCAUCCUCAUCAACGUGCCGUUCAAGAAGAUAUCGCCGCACCAGCGCCACCACCAGCUGAGGGCAGAUUACGUGGCGACGACGGUGAACAGGGGAAGCUAUUUCUGGUCAUUGGGCCUGCGGGCUUUCUACUUCUCUUUGCCUCUUUUUUUGUGGAUCUUUGGUCCCAUUCCCAUGUUUCUCUGUUGCCUGCUCCUUGUUUUCAUGCUAUAUUUCCUCGAUGUUACCUUUGAAUGGGCCAUUGCCGUUUCGGAUGAUAAUGAUGACCAUGAAGAUGAGGUACCUGGGGACACCGUUGAACCCUAGUUUCAAUUUUCAACAACCCGGUUUCCCAUAUUAGGAUAAGAAAAAGAAAAAAUGAACAACUUUUAGUUGGGUAGAUGAAUGAAAGGAGUCAAUAACUAAAUGCUAGCUAUCUGCAUUCAAUUCAAGUCGAAUUGGUUUGCAUCAUCUUUCUCUUUACUGAUUAUAAAUUUUCUUUUAAUUU